GAUUGAACAUCAAUUUCUUUCAUAGAAAUCAUGUCUCUGAAAACGGAAAGCUUAUGAAAAACAAAAGCUUUUUUUUAACCCCUCAAAACCAAUGUUUUAAAUGAAUAAAAUAUAGGAACAAAUUUCUAAAAAAAAGAUCAUGAGACAAUGUAUUCAUUUGCCAUUUCUCCGUUCCAGAGGCAGUUUCAGCAGUUUAGUUUCAAGUGCUUUUUGUUGUGGCUUGUGGCUGCCUGCCGUGUGAUUUAUUAGACCCUUCGUGGUAGUGUCACACGAAAGAGAUUGAAAUUUAGACACGGCCAGCCAGGUUUAAGUGCGGAAGAAGCGUUAGAGUUUGAAGCAUGUCGCGCGUUCAUUUGGAGCUGUGCGAACUUUUAUUAAAAGAAUAUUAUGGUGAACAGGUGGCACAAGUUGGAACAUUUCUGUUAAAAAAUAUAGGAAGCACCUUGAACAGUAUCACACAACGAACAUCACUGGAAACGAAACAGGUGAAAAGUAUACUAUGUGCACUGGUCCAGCAGAACAUAGUGAGAUUUCGUCCGUUGAAACCAGGAAUCACAGGGUAUGAAGCAAGUCCAGACAGUGUUUUGUGGAGGCUCCGUUUUCCUAGCUAUAUACAUUGUGCAAAGAUGUUGUAUGGGGACGCAGCCGAAUUGUUAGUUGAGGAACUUUUGCUCCAGGGUCAGUCUCACCUGGACACUGCUGUCAUGAAGACAACAAAGAAACUGAAUGAUUCCAUUGUAUCAAGUGGCGCAUCAUUACCAGAAAUUUCACAUAAUGUGAUUAAAGAAAAAGUGGUGACUCUUGUCAAAGCUCGUCUUAUUCGGCGCUGUGAAGGUGUGAAGAAAGAUGAAAAUGAGAAGGUGGUUUCACUGGAAAGUCAUACGGACCCCAAUGCUCUGUUUGCUCUACCAACUGCUGAAGACUUCAGACCUGCGACUGGAUCAAAGCGCCCACAGGAUGCUGGUCCUCAGGGGCCUGCAAAGAGGAUCAAACUGGAAUCUGGAGCUGCUGUUGGGACGUCUGACCAAGAAGUACCUGGCACAAGCUCAGGGCCAGGAUACUGGUGUGUAAAUUUUCACCAGUUUCAUCAUCACUUCAGGGACCAAGCCAUCAUUGCAGCUGUCUCAAGAAAUAUUGAUCAGCGUGCUUCUGAGGUGAUGAGAACCAUGCUAAGACUGAGUGAGACGAGAACAGACCCCACGUUCAGUGAAAGUGUCCACCUGUCUUUUACAGAAGUGAGUAUUGUUUAGUCAUCUUCUGUUUGC